GAAGCCUAUCUGUGCGGGAAGGGAAGCAAACAAAAACCCGCGCUACCAAACACAAGAAAUUGGUGCUUUUCUCAUUCAUAGCUUCAUAACGCCAACGCACUUCUUCUUCUUCUUCUUCUUCUUCUUCUUCUUCUUCCUCUUCUUCUUCUUCUUCUUCCCAUCAUGGGGUUUCUUUCUUUUCUUUAGCUCUUCCUUCUCGUUUCUCCUUACCCAUCACCAUCAUACUUCACGCGCUCUUCUGGGUUUUCUCCAUUUUCUUCAUUCUUCUUUCAUCGGCGAGCACUUUCGGAGUUUCUGCAAUGUCGGGUUCGGCCAAAUUGCGGCUGGUUCGAUGCCCCAAGUGUGAGAAUCUUCUCCCGGAGCUCGCUGAUUACUCUGUUUAUCAGUGCGGUGGAUGCGGUACCGUUCUACGAGCCAAGGUUAGAAAUCAGGAAGAAGAUUCUUUAUCUUUUAAGUCUGAUGAAGAACGGGUUGGUGGGUCGUCUACUAAAUCCUCUAAUACUCUCCAAAAAGGGUCGGUUGAUUUAAGUGAUGUCUCUGAUGUGGAUUUCAAGUUGAGUCCUGAUUCCUUGCCUUGUGAUCUAAAUGGCUUAGAGAAGGGAAAAGUGGAGGAUGCUGAGAAAUGUGAAGAACACUUCAAUGGCAAGACUGAUAAAUGGGGUGUUCAGAGAGAUCUUAGCUCGAAUAUGGAUAAUGAUGGUUUGAGUUAUUCGAUGGGGACGAAACAAGUGGAUAUGAAUGUUCGAAUCAACUCAAGCAUGCUUGGAUCGGGAAGAGAAUUGGAUUGGCAAAGGGGAGAAACAGGUGGAAUGGAGGAGGAGGUGGUUGAGAAGAACUCGAGAGAUAAUAUGAAAAACGUGAGAUUCUCGACUUCUAACCAUAAUGACGAUCAAACGAAUUAUCGGUUCGAUCUUGUUUCUGGCGUUGAGGAGCUUAUAAGAAUUAGAGGCAAUGCCAGUGGAGCUGAUAAAGUUAAGCACCUUGAACAGGACCGGCUUGAACUUUUGAGGAAGCUGGAUGAGUUGAAGGAUCAACUUGGUCAGUCUUGCAAUAUAGUUCAUAAUCCGAACCAAACUGGUCCAGUCAGUUGUGGGGUGAAGCCUGCUAAACCUUUUUAUCACUCAGGGGCUUGGCCUAUGGAUGGUUCUUUAGGGUCUGACCAAUGUGUUGCAGGUCCUUCGUUUUCCAAUUGUAGUCCAAUGCCUGCUCAUGGCUAUUGUUCAUCGAUGCAUAAUCCAAAUAAUGCAUCUCGUUUAGGGGACCAUUUUGGAUCACAAAUGUUUAGAGGGAACUCCUACCAGUUUUCGUGUGCGCAUCAACAAACCCCUCACCAAUGUCAUUCUGGCCAUUAUGUCGAUACCGGUUUGGAUCUAUUCAGUCACUACCCUCCUAAUCCUCCAUUUCAUCAGCCUUCUUGCUCCUGCUUCCAGUGCCAAAAUAGAUAUCCACAGGUUCCAGCUCCAGUACCUGGUGCUUACUAUAAUAGAAGGUUCCCUGAUCGUCCAAACAAUCCUUCACUAUAUUCUCAUGAAAACGCUACUGCUUAUGGUGCACGUGGUAACAAUAUUAGGACUGCUAAUCCUCCCCUGAACUUCCGUGAUCGACAAGCCCGCUCGACAUGGCCAACUGACUUCAGUUCUGAGAUUGGUGGUAUCGUUGGCAGUUGUCCUCGGAGGACAGUCUUAGCGAGCGGUGAUCGUAAUUGCUAUCCAAUAGCUGGUGGUGCUCCAUUUCUAACAUGUAAUAAUUGCUUUGAAAUGCUGCAACUUCCUAAGAAGCUAAUGUUGGUAAAGAAUCAGCAAAGUGUUCGUUGUGGGGCUUGUUCUACAGUAAUCAAAUUUACUGUUAUCAACAAGAAACUUGUUUUCUCCAAUCAUUCACGGGCAAAUCCGUUGCCCUCAGAGGUUGAUGAUAGUGAUGGGCAGGCAGUCAGGGAUUAUAAUUCAAAAUUGAACGGCUACUCGAACCGUACUAAUUUCUCCUCCGAUGAUUAUGAUAACACUGUUUACGAUUUCGAGUCACUAGAUAAUGAGCCCGUGCUACUACAGCCGGUCGGGACAGGUUUAAGCUCAACUAAACAACAAGAGAUGCAAAGUUUUCAUCCUUCAUCUUCAAGUACCUCAGAUGAUGAAGACAGUCCAGAUGUUUUAACCGUUCCAAGGGAAGCUACAAACAAUUUACACAAUAUCAAAACGACACGCUCGCAUCCCCUUCCUGGUUCACCUCUUCCGUCAUAUUUCGAUUACUCGGCUAAUAAUCAGGUGACAAACAGGUUUGCGAAGGGAAAUAGAAGUAGCCGUUCAGAUCAGGAGAAUGUGAAACCCAAUAAGGUCACCUCACGGCAGAAUUCUUUGAAAGAAGCAUCACUAGCAACUGAGAUGGAUGUGUCAAUGAAUGAGUACUCUAACACUGUGGCGUUUCAUGAGUCACAGGAUGCAAAUAAAGAAGAUAACCAGCCAAGAGUCAAUAAAGGAGGGGAAUCCUUUCUUGCAAACAUUAUCAAGAAGAGCUUUAGAACUAAUCAAGCAGAUGAACGGAGCAGAAGUAAUGUUUCAGUUAAUGGACACUUAAUUCCAUAUCGAGUGGUCAAGAAAGCUGAAAAGCUUGCUGGACAAGUCCAUCCAGGAAACUACUGGUAUGAUGCUCGAGCCGGAUUCUGGGGAGUCAUGGGCGGACCUUGUCUUGGCAUAAUUCCGCCUUUCAUAGAAGAAUUCGACUACCCCAUGCCAGAAAAGUGUGCUGGGGGGAAUACUGGUGUUUUUGUGAAUGGCAGAGAGCUUCACCUAAAGGACCUGGAUUUGCUUGCUGGUAGAGGGCUUCCCACUUCAAGACACAGAUCAUACAUUAUUGAAAUCUCCGGGCGAGUCCUUGACGAGGACACCGGAGAAGAGCUGGAAGGCCUCGGAAAACUCGCUCCGACAGUUGAGAAGGUAAAGCAUGGAUUUGGCAUGAAAGUCCCAGGAACAGCUUGUUAAUCAACAGAACAUCAUUAUAUGGGGCAGCUAGUUUGUUUGUUGUCUAAAUUACCAGCGUUUGUGUUAUCUGUUCUGUUACCUUAGUUAGUGUCUGUGUUCCAUGUCCUGAAUGUGUCUGUAAAUGGUUGAUUCCUUCCUUCCUUCCUUCGAGCUGUAUUCAUCUGUUGAUAAGUUAUCCACCAUUCUUUCUUCAAACAAAAAAAAUGUCAUCUCACUCUUCUUAGCC